CCACUGAGAUUUAGGACUUGUUUCUUUCCACCAAUGGCCCGGAAAGGGAUUUCGCUUGCCAGGAAGUUUUGUGUGAGAGGUUCCGAGCCUCAGCAAUGGCUCCAGGGUGACUUCUGUGAUCCUGCGCGUUUCCAGAUCCUAGUGAAGACAGGCGUACCAGGCUGGGGACAUGGACCUGUCAGCUGGGCUCCCCGUGCUACUGCUGCUGCUGUGGUCCAUGGCCCCGCAGGCAUGGCCGCUGCGGUCACAUUCUCUGUACUACCUCUUCAUGGGUACCUCACAGCCAGACCUUGGGCUGCCUUUAUUUGAGGCUCUGGGCUAUGUGGAUGACCAGCUCUUCGUGUCCUACAAUCAUGAGAGUCGCCGUGCUGAGCCCCGGGCCCCAUGGAUCUUGGGUCAAACCUCCAGCCAGCUGUGGCUGCAGCUGAGUCAGAGCCUGAAAGGGUGGGAACACAUGUUCAUUGUGGACUUCUGGAAUAUCAUGGACAACUAUAACCACAGUAAGGUCACUAAACUGGGAGUGGUGCCCGAGUCCCACAUCCUGCAGGUGAUCCUGGGCUGUGAGGUGCAUGGAGACAACAGUACCAGCGGCUUCUGGAAGUAUGGGUACGAUGGGCAAGACUACCUUGAAUUCUGCCCCAAGACUCUGGACUGGAGAGCAGCAGAGCCAGGGGCUUGGGCCACCAAGGUGGAGUGGGAAGAGCACAAGGUCCGGGCCAGGCAGAACAAAGCCUACCUGGAGAGGGACUGUCCUGAGCAACUGAAACAAUUCCUGGAGCUGGGCAAAGGGCUUCUGAGGCAGCAAGUGCCUCCUUUGGUGAAGGUGACUCGUCAUUGGGCCUCUGCAGGGAGCUCUCUAAGGUGCCAGGUUCUGAACUUCUUCCCCCAGAACAUCACUAUGAGGUGGCUGAAGGACAACCAGCCACUGCAUGCCAAGGAGAUCAACCCAGAGGAUGUGCUGCCUAGUGGAGAUGGGACCUAUCAGGGCCAGGUGACCUUGGCAGUGGCCCCUGGGGAUGAGACAAGGUUCACCUGCCAAGUGAAGCACACAGGCUUGGAUCAGCCCCUCACAGUCACCUGGGAACCCCUGCCGUCGAGGGCCAUGAUGAUUGGAGCCAGCAGUGGGAUCACUGUUUGUGUCAUCUUCUUUGUUGGGAUUUUGUUCCUAAUCUUAAGGAAAAGGAAGGCUUCGGAAGAAACCAUGGGUGACUACAUCUUAACUGAGUGUGGAUGACCUUCAGCCUGCAGACCCAUGGAGGGGAGGAGACUCAGCCAAAGAUUUGGAGGAAGCAUUCUUGCUCCAUUCUAGGACAGAGUUGAACAUAAUACACAGAAACCGCCUGAGGGACUCUGCCCUUAGCUUUCCCUGUUUGCUUUGUUAAAAUGUUUCCUCCAGUCAAGUCUUUGAGUUCCGGAACAACUCAGACUGCUCCAGAUGCAACCUCUCCCUCCAGAGCUGGCGUCAUGAAUCUCCAGCUGCUUCUAGAGGCAUCCUUCGUUUCCUCCAUGCAUCUAGACUCCAUACGUCUCCUUCUUAAACAGGCUCUCUGAACUUGGGGAAUACAGGAUUCAUUUCACAUCUGGAGAAGCUAUGAAUCUUCAUCCUGGGAUGCACACACAUACUUAUGCCAGAAUUUUGCACACGUAUCCUAGAAUCCAGGAACCAUUCAUCUGUUAUCUAGUGAUUACUCCGUCACCAAGCUCUGACUUCUCUGACAUUGGAGAGUUACAUAGGUCAUCAAUACAACUGAAGGCUACACACUGUACAACCUGAGGAGGCACUCUCUGAGGACAUAGAGAUGUCUGUGUGCAUAAUGAUGGCUGUGUUCAAAUUUGCAAAGGUGUUGAAUGGCUUUUCAAAGAUUAAUAUCAUGUGCAUUUGUGACAGUAUGCCUGUGAAAUGUCUUGUCUUCUAGUCCUGAUCACAGAAAUUAUGAAUGAUUAUUAUAAUAAAGUAUGGCUUGCACUUAUGAAGAA